AUGAUCGAACCAAUCGCCACAGAAAAUGCCCUCAUCAAUGGAAGCCGUGUAGCUUACGGUGUCUAUGGCACUGGCAAGUCCGUUGUACUUCUUCACGGCACACCAUCUUCGUCUCUCAUCUGGCGUAACAUAGCCCCCAAACUUGUUGAUGCUGGGUACAAAGUCCAUGUCUUUGAUCUUCUCGGCUUUGGUCUCUCUGAGCGUCCAUGGAAUCCCGACAUCGAUACUUCCAUGACAGGCCAGACUCACGUCGUCGCACAUGAUAUUGGGGGUGGUGUCGCACAGCGCUUUGCUGUCUUCUCGCCCGAAAGAGUCCUAUCUCUCACUCUCAUCGACGUCGUCAGCUUCGACAGCUAUCCCUCCAAACGAACAAAACAACAAAUGCAAAACGGUCUUGAAUCGCUCAUAAAAACGAACAGUGACGAUCACAGAGCUCACUUCAGAGAGUGGCUACUUUCCGCCGUCAAGGACCAAGCCAAAUUUGAGCAGUCGAGUCUCGAUACCUAUCUCGACUACAUAUCUGGUCCCAUCGGUCAGCCGAGCCUCUUUGAGCAUCAGGUUAGACACUAUGAUCCGAAGCAUACAAUGGAAGUCGCGCCACGACUAGGAGAGCUGGAGAAGCUACCUGUGCAGUUGAUCUGGGGGAAGGAUGAUGCUUGGCAGGUAGUUGAUUGGGCGCAUAAGUUACAUGAUGCUAUUCCGGGAUCGAAGCUCACGGUUCUGGAUGAUGCCGGGCAUUUUUCACCUGAGGAUCAGCCUGAGAAGAUAGUCGAGCUUCUUGUAGGUUUCCUUGGGAAGUAUUAA